GGCGUCGCGAUGCUGGAAAGUGGCAUCUGCUGGGAGUCGAUGCUCGCCCGCAGUCAACACCGUUUGUUUGCAUUUCGGCGCGAGACAUGAGCAGCCCGCCAGAGACAAGGGACGCCGCAUCAGCAGCCUCUGGAUCAUGGCUCCAUCCAAGAAACAUUCCGGCCAGGGUGGUUUUGGGGUUUCUCUCGUUCUCUGGAUUUCUGACCAACUACAUGCUCAGGGUCAACCUGAACAUCGCGAUCGUCUCAAUGACGGGCGCCGCCAACUCGACGGACGCCAAUCGCACCUUGGCCGAGUGCAAAGUCAACAUCACCGGAUUUGAAUUGGACGAGUCACCUGCGAAAAGUGUCGCCGAGUUUGACUGGGACAACUACGAGCAAGGCCUGAUCCACGGCUCCUUCUACUGGGGCUACGUCUUGUCCAUGGUGCCCGGCGGCAUGUUGGCCGACAACUACGGCGCCAAACUAAUUUACGGCGGCAGCAACCUCAUCUGCAGCCUCAUGGGCUUUUUAAUUCCUGCAGCCGCCAGAAUGCACCUCAACGCGCUCCUCGGCGUCAGAUUUUUCCAAGGGUUUGCCGCCGGGGUCACGUGGCCAGCGAUGAACGUUAUGGCUAGCAGGUGGAUUCCACCUGAUGAACGCAGCAAAUUCAUCUCCACUUACAUGGGCAAUUCAGUUGGAGUCGCCCUGACUUUUCCCCUGUGUGGAAUUUUAAUCGAAGCCUUCGGAUGGGAAUGGGCUUUCCACGUUCCAGCUCUAAUUUGUCUACUCUGGUGCGUCUGGUGGUGGUAUUGCGCGUUCGACUCGCCGUCCCAACACCCGCGGAUCUCGAAAGAAGAAUUGGAUUAUCUCGAAAAGAACGUCAUCAUUUCUAAGAAAAAGUUGGCUUUGCCGGUGAUGGAAAUUUUAAAGUCGGCACCGUUUUGGGCCCUUUUGGUUGCCAAUCUCGGCUCGAUGUGGGCCUUCAUGACAGUCACAACUUACGGCCCGACCUAUCUAAAAAUGGUUUACGACAUCAACGUUAAAAAAAACGGAUUUUUAUCUGGGUUGCCAAACAUCAGCAGAUUCACAGGCUCCUUGUUUUUCUCCUGGCUUUUUGACAAGAUGAUUUCGCUCAAGCACUGCUCAAUUACUUCAGCUCGGAAAGUCGCGAAUGCCAUUUCACAACUAAUUCCCUCAAUUCUGUUCAUGUUGAUGGGGGCCGUCGGUUGCAAUUACACCGCAGAGGUUAUUGUUUUGACGGCGGCUUCAUUACUAGGUGGCUGUGCGUCCUCUGGGCCAAUAGUGAACAGCGUCGAUCUCGCCCCGAACUUUUCAGGGUCAAUCAUGGGACUGAUGAGUUUGGCAGGAAUGAGCAGCGGAUUUUUGGUGCCGAUGUUUGUCGGGUUUAUUAUCAAAGAAGACCAAUCGAUGGAGAGGUGGAGCAUCGUUUUUCAAAUCACAGCAGCUCUGGGUUUUGUAGCAACAGUGAUUUUCUCAGUUUUUGGAAGUGGAAAAGUUCAGUCAUGGAAUGAACCAAGAGAAAAGAUUGCGCGAGGCUGUAACGGUUUUGAAAAUGAGCAAGAACUGAAAGAGCCUCUGAGAUCGCAGAACGGGCGAGAGAGAAACUAACAAAAUUUGCU